UAAGUGUUAUCUAACUUCAUUAAUUUAGUAGGUUAGAUAGUUGGAAAUACAUAGAUCUAAAGUUCCAACGCAAUACAUGAUGUAUUCACUGAGAUAAUGACUUAAAGGUGCUUACAUGCAAAACCUUAAACAAGGUGUGACACCAACGCCGCUGCCGCCGAUGCUUGGGAUCCCUGUAACAAGUAGCUGAUGCCAUGAGUGGAGCCCAGCUUGUGAAGCGGUUGCACGUGUUGGGCUAUCCAGGGGCAGACUCGCUAGAACCCCAGGCUCUUGACUGGAUGUUUGAGAAUGAUGCACUGUCACCAUUAUUACACUGGUUCUGUACCAGUAUCAAUACAUCCAAUGUUCUCUCUGACAAACAGCUGAAUGAGUACGCAGCCCUGUCAAAUUCAGGGGAGGUAGUACUGAAAGGGAGGCAACUUGAGGAAGCUCUCAGUAGUCUGGACUUUAGUAAAGAUGAAACUGCCUCUGAAGAGAGUCUCAAGGAGGAGGUUGAGCAGUUGGAAUCCUCUCUCCGAUGUUACCAGCAACAGAAACAUAGGCUUGCAAAACGUCGGAACACGCUCAGCAAUCUGCAGAUGACUGCCUCCCAGCGUCUGUCUCGACUUGGUCAUGUGAAGUCACGGGCAGAACAGGAGUACAAGGCUGCUGUUGGCAAAACACACACUGCUAACACACAAAUGGAUGACAGCCUGGAGCUGGUUGGGCAGGCCGUUGGCGACCUCAGCCUUCUCUACCGGCCGCCAGCCAAUAGGUCGGGCGACACCUCCCUCCGGCCCACAGGAAAUGCGUCCCUCAAUGCUACACAGGCUGGGCUCUCCUUCAACACUUCACACAAUGCAACAACAAAUACAGCCAUGACUGCUAUACCGUGCAUGUUCUUGUCGCAGACACCAGUACAACAAUACCACAGUGCGGAGGAGACCUACACCACACAACUCACUGCAUACACCAAGAAACAGUUCUUCCAGGGUAUAGCAGAGAUGGCGUCAUGUGGUGGGGACUCUAGGUUUGAGAUUCUGGAGGUCAGUGACCCGGAUAGUCUUCUAGUACGCGGGGAGAGAGAGGACGUCAACAUGCAAGACUGCCGAGAACUGGCCAGGCUCCAGAAACUUUAUGCCAAGAGUGAGACUGAGCGUAUAAAAGCAACAUGUGAGAUGACUCGACUGAAGGGCCAGUUGGAGAGCGCUAAAGGAAUCCUGUCCUCUCUUGACUCUGGGACGUUCUGUAACGAUGGCAUGAAAAACAAAGAAAGGCUGGAGAAGUUGCGCGGAAUGCUUGGAACAGUACACCAGGAGUUUUCUGCCCUUGGGGAGGGUGAUGUGCCGCGCCUGGUACAAGAAUGUCGAGAGUCCAAGGUUAUACGGGUCCUCACAGGGGACUAUAACCUUAAACUAGCCAGGCAGGACUACUUCACGGCAAACCAGGAGAAGGUGAUAAGACACCUGGUAGUGCAGCGUUCCCGUAAUGAGUUCCUGACGAUGGCGCUUGAAGUGGAGUUACGGGCUCAUCGGGAGAUUCACCACAUCCUCACCUCACUGUACGCACAGCUCAGUUCCCAAUUCCAGUUAUGGCAGGCUAGGAUGGGUGUGAUGUCAGACAGUGCCCUGACCCCGGCCCGACACAAGCGGGAAACGGUAGACUCACGGGACAAAAGCAUUGCCAGGCUCUAUCACAUGCUGGAUGACAGUUCAGACAGAGCAGGAAGCCAACUCUUCCUGACAUAUGAUGUGCUGGUGGAGAAUGCCCGCACCCUCCGUCACCGACAUGACCAGCUCACACGCACUCUUAACACCACCAACUCAGGGGAUGCGGACCACCUCCAUCUACUGGAGCGCUCAGUGAGUCAGUGUGAAGACCUGCUGUAUUCAGAGUCCAGCACUGCCAGUGGAGCCCCACCCCUCACACCCCGCCCCCUUCAACAGGCCAUUAUCCAGCUUGGAGACCUUCUUAAGCAACUAGAACAAAACAUCCUCAACCUUGUUAAGGAUAUUGAUCAGAAGAAAAAGCUGCUAAAGAGUGAUCCUUUACUAGCAAGGGAGCGUAAACUCUUUACAUAUUUCUUCACAAAUCCUGCAAAACUACAGCAGACCCUAGAGGACAUCUCCAACAGACUGCAGGCUAAAACACACAUGGACAAAUCCUGAUACUAUAUCAUAGCUUGAAUAUAAUUACUAUUUAUACAUUAAGGCUUGUGUUCAGAAUGUAAAAGAACAUUUAAAUUAAACAUGAUGGUUCUCUGAUCAAAACAUGUACAAUGUACAUGUUUGUACAUAGCAUCCCAAAAUGGCAGUUUUUUUAUUCAAAGAAAUUGUCGAGUGUAUACUUGUUAUGUAAUGUGUCACUAAAACAUUUGCAUUUUAAAGGGUUGCUUCUGCAUACAUUGGGGCACGAUUUAUUGAGUUGUGGUGUAAAGUGAAGUUUUGAGUCUGUUAGAAUUGUUAUUUGCCAAAUAAAGCUGCAAAACA